UAAAGCAGGCACCCACCCAUCGGCACCCAGGCUGCCUGGAGGCUGGACUCCGUGCACCCUCUUCCCGCCGGCACAUUCAAGGAACGCCUCGCCCCGAGGGCCACUCAAACCGGACAGCAUGGACUCUACUCGCCCCCUCGGGCUGUUGCUUCUGCCGUUGCUCCUGAUGGGGACCGCGCUGGGCAACGGUGAUGAGGAGGCGCCAGAAGGAAACAAUGCAGACAUCUGCCUCCUGUCCCCCGACGUGGGGCCGUGCCGGGCCCGGAUCCCCAGUUACUACUACGACAGGUACACGCAGAGCUGCCGCAUGUUCUUCUACGGGGGCUGCCAGGGCAACGCCAACAAUUUCGAAACUUUGGAGGACUGCAACGAAGCUUGCUGGAGGAUAGAGAGUAAGUGGCCGCGCUCAAGCUCAGAACCCUUGCACGGCUCCUUACACAGAAGGGCUGCUGAAGUUCCGAAAAUUUGCAGGUUGGAAGUUAGUGAGGCGCAGUGUGGAGUGCGCACAGGAGAGUAUUUCUUCAAUCUAAGUUCCAUGACAUGUGAAAAAUUCAUAUCUGGCGGGUGUCACAGCAAUAAGAACAGGUUCCCGGACGAGGACACUUGUAAGGGCUUCUGUGCACCAAAGAAAAUUCCGUCAUAUUGUCACAGUCCGAAAGAUGGGGGACUAUGCUCUGCUAAUGUGACGCGCUAUUAUUUUAAUCCAAGACACAAAGCCUGCGAGAACUUCACUUAUACUGGCUGUGGAGGGAAUGACAAUAACUUUGUUAACAUGGAGGACUGCACAUAUGCUUGUAUAAAAGCUGUGAGGAAGCAAAAGGAUAAGAAGACGCCGAAGAUUGUCUUUGCUCAUAGAAGGGUGAAAACUUGGAAGAAGUAAUUUUAACCUUUUUUCCUAUAUGUCAUCUUGUGGAGAUAUUGCCUCUAUGGUUAUAUCUGAAGAAGAAUAUGGUGAUAAGGGGAAAUGAAUCAUUAAUGAUUUAUACACAAGUUUUUAUUGCUACAGGUUACUUUUUUGUGUAUUUUUACACAUAACUAGCUGCUAUUCAAAUGUGAAUCUAUUAUUUUUAAUUUACUGUUCACAUAUAUUUUAAUGUAGUUGAAUUCUUGCUGUGCAUAAGAUAUAAAAGCAAAUAUGAUUCA